CCACCACCACGAUGGUGACACUGCAGUUUGGUCUGCUAUAACUGGCCUGGGUUUUGUGUUGUGCAGUCCUUAGUGUCUGGGGUCGGGAGAGAUCAAGGUUCUCAGUUGCCAGGUGGUGCUAACCGACAGUGUUUACUGAAAUUGCUGGGACGGCUUCUCCCCUCUAGGUGAGGAACUGGCAACAUCAAGGGGAAGGUGGUACAGGCUGGUGCUGAGCGGCCUGGAAGAAACGCUGGUUUAUCCUGCGGAGUGGCCGGAUGAGUGGUGACCCAGAUGUUCUGGAAUACUACAAGAAUGAUCACUCCAAGAAGCCCCUGCGGAUCAUCAACCUGAACUUCUGUGAGCAGGUGGAUGCAGGCCUGACCUUCAACAAGAAGGAGCUGCAGGAUAGUUUUGUGUUUGACAUCAAGACCAGCGAGCGCACCUUUUACCUGGUGGCUGAGACAGAGGAGGACAUGAAUAAGUGGGUCCAGAGCAUCUGCCAGAUCUGUGGCUUCAAUCAGGCUGAGGAGAGCACAGACUCCCUGAGAAACAUUUCCUCAGCCAGUCAUGGCCCCCGCUCUUCUCCAGCUGAGCUCAGCAGCUCCAAUCAGCACCUUCUCCGAGAACGAAAAUCCUCAGCCCCAUCGCACUCCAGCCAGCCAACCUUGUUCACAUUUGAACCCCCUGUGUCAAACCACAUGCAGCCCACCUUGUCCACCAGUGCACCUCAGGAGUAUCUCUACUUGCACCAGUGCAUAAGCCGGAGAGCAGAAAAUGCAAGGAGUGCCAGCUUCUCUCAGGGCACCAGGGCCUCAUUUCUCAUGAGGAGCGACACAGCCGUACAGAAACUUGCCCAGGGCAAUGGACACUGUGUCAACGGGGUCAGUGGUCAAGUCCAUGGCUUCUACAGCCUCCCCAAGCCAAGCCGGCACAAUACAGAAUUCAGAGACAGUACCUACGACCUGCCCCGGAGCCUGGCCUCCCAUGGCCACACCAAGGGCAGCCUCACAGGCUCUGAGACAGAUAACGAGGAUGUGUACACCUUCAAGACGCCCAGCAACACCCUAUGCCGGGAGUUCGGGGACCUCCUGGUGGAUAAUAUGGACGUUCCAGGCACCCCACUCUCAGCCUACCAGAUCCCUAGGACAUUCACACUGGACAAGAACCACAAUGCCAUGGCAGUGGCCACUCCUGGGGACUCAGCCAUAGCUCCCCCACCCCGGCCCCCCAAGCCAAGUCAGGCAGAAACACCUCGAUGGGGCAGCCCUCAGCAGAGACCUCCAAUCGGUGAAAGUGGCAGAUCCGUCUCAGCCGCGGCCACCAUCCCCAGGCGCAAUACUCUCCCUGCAAUGGACAACAGCCGACUUCACCGAGCGUCUUCCUGUGAGUCCUACGAGUACCCCCAGCGUGGUGGAGAGAGUGCAGGCCGGUCUGCUGAGUCCAUGAGUGAUGCAGUCAGCUCUUUCCUGCCAGGGAAAACAAUUGUGAGCCGAUCAGAUAGCACCAACUCUGAAGACAACUACGUACCCAUGAAUCCAGGUUCCUCCACCCUGCUGGCCAUGGAGCGAGCAGGUGAUAAUGCCCAGAGUGUCUACAUCCCCAUGAGCCCAGGGCCCCAUCACUUUGACCCGCUUGGCUACCCCUCCACAGCCCUUCCUAUGCACCGAGGCCCCAGCCGAGGGAGUGAGAUCCAGCCACCCCCUGUCAACCGCAACCUCAAACCUGACCGGAAAGCAAAACCAACACCACUUGACCUAAGAAACAACACUGUCAUCGAUGAGCUCCCCUUCAAAUCACCUGUCACCAAGUCUUGGUCUCGGGCCAUCCACACCUUCAACUCCAGCUCCUCCCAGUACUGCCGCCCCAUCUCCACACAGAGCAUCACCAGCACGGACUCGGGAGACAGCGAAGAGAACUACGUCCCUAUGCAAAACCCAGUGUCUGCAUCUCCCAUUCCCAGUGGCACCAACAGCCCAGCCCCUAAGAAGAGCACCGGCAGCGUCGAUUAUCUGGCCCUGGACUUCCAGCCGAGCUCCCCAAGCCCCCACCGCAAGCCAUCCACAUCAUCUGUCACUUCCGAUGAGAAGGUGGACUACGUUCAAGUGGACAAGGAGAAGACCCAGGCCCUGCAGAACACCAUGCAGGAGUGGACAGAUGUGCGGCAGUCCUCGGAGCCUUCCAAGGGCGCUAAGCUGUGACUCCGGGGCCACCAAGCCUGGGGAGGGGCCAGGAGGCAGCAUCUCCAGAGCUGGCUCCUCCUUGCCUGUCUCUCUUUCUCCUCUCCCAUUGCCUCCUCCCACCCCUCCCCCUCCACUCUGCCACUCUGGCCUUCAAAGCACUUGACAUCAGGGACCCUGAACCCUUCCCCUGGGAGGUGAGGGCCUGAUCGAGGCACUUCCUCUGCCCACUCGGGGCCCACCUUUGAUUUUUAUCAGCAAUGGCCAUGCCUCUACCCACCUUAGUUAGAGCUAUUGCCAAAAAGCAUCCUUCAGCCUCUUCCUGCCCUUUAGACCUGAAUAUCUACCAGAUGUUUGGAGGGAGGGGCUGGGGUUCUGAGCCAGAUUCUACACCUCACAUUCGGUCACAGCCCUCAGCCUUCUUCCCUCCCGCUACUGGGCUACCUCUCCUUCAGUCUCGGAAGAAGCCAAGUUGCCUCGCUCACCCAGGGAGCCAAGGACCAGCAGACCAAAGUGGACAUGGACGUCUUCAUCCCUGUCUGUCUGGGCAGGGGAGAGGCAAGGCCACCAAAAGAUGGAGGAGUCGAGAAGGAAGGUUAGAGGUGGUCUUGAGGGACAAAGGAAUUAGGUUCCCAGAUGCAGAAGGGCAGUUGAUACCUGUAGGGUCCCCCACUUUCAGGCCAAGUGGCAGUGCAGCUGUUGCCAGGGUGGGAGAGGCAGAAGGAUGAGGACAAAAAGAAGGGAAAACUGAGGAUGCUGGGUGACCAAGAUCAAGAAGGUGCAGGGCUCAGAGCCCAGGAGAUGGGGUGACAAGGACACUGCAGGGUUGGGCCCCCAGAACUGUGGAGCUGCAGGCCCACUGCUGCUGUGACAGCAUGCAGUCUUCCUCAAGUCUCCGCCCGCCUGAGAGCGCCACACUGGAGAGGGCUGGACCGUGCUGGGCAAUGCAGCGUGCGGUGUGGGAGUGCCAGCACGGUCAGGGGAGGCUGGCGGGAAAGCAAUGCAGGGUGCAGGACGUGGGAGGGAGGGAGCAUGGGGUGGACUGGAGGUGAUGCAGGGACUGAGGGCAACCCUGGGACACGAACGGGCUGGGCAGAGGCCCAGGGCAAUGCACGGAUACUGCAGAGGGGAUGGUGCAGCAAUGGAGUUUCUGCAAGAUGGGGAGGCGCAGAGGUAACUGAUGGGAUGAGAGGCAGGGGUGAAGGCUGUGGGGGAACAGUGUAGCAAGCGGGGAAAUAUAUCCAAAGAGCCUGGUGGAGUUCCCAAGGCAGUGCCAUGGGGACGCAGGGUGGAGCAGAAAGUGAAGGAGUGGCAUGUCGUGUCGGGAGCGUGGUGUGCAUGGUGGCAUGACACAAGGGCAGUUCUCAGGACUGACGGGUCACGAGUAAAGCAGUGCAAGGGAGAGAGCAGGGCAGAACGGAGCCUAGAGGACGACAUGUGAGAAAGGCUGGCAGCUUGUGCGGUUCAACUGGGGUUUGUGCCCGGUACCAGGCCCAGAGGGUUUUCUUGGCUCUUCUCACCCUCUGUUGCUCCCUUGCAUCCCAGCUGCCACAUUGGACUCAAACCUGGCUACAGGGACAGGAGAGGCCAGGCCUCUCCUCCCGUGGUCUGAAAGGCUAUCAGAUCAGCAUCGCCUUCUGCCCAACCCUGCCAGGGACAGAGGUAGGGUGUCAUCCUAGACACUCUCUCCUAAACCAAGGAGGGAGAAUGUGAAUGUUUUACGUUGCAAGGUCUUGGCCAAAGAGGGUUUCAGAGGCAACUGGGCAGACCAGAUAUUUCAUCCUACCCUGGGGUGAAUAGAUUUGCUUCCUCAAAAAAAGUGACUUUCCACCAUGUUUAAUGGAGGUGUCUACUGCUCACUUUUCAGCUCCUGUGAGCACACGUGCAUGCACACACAGAAGCGCAUACCUCGCCAGCCCAACGGCCUGACCAUUCUCCAAGAAGUCCCAUCCUGGGAGAAAUUAUUUUCUCAACAGUAACCCCUCUCUUCCUAGUAUUAGUUCUACUCAACUCAACAAGCAUUUAUUAAUGGCUGCUGUGGCCAGGCUCUGUCUAGGCUAGGCACUGAGGACGCAGGAAUGAAUCAGACUUUGUCCCUGCACUUGAGGUCACAGUCGAUGAGAAAAAACACAAGACACUGGUAAUGGCCUUGAGAAAGACAUACUUAAAAUGCUGAUGGCGUGCAGAGGAAGCAAGGCUACUUCUCCAGGAGGUGCCGGGGGCAGGGAUGGAGAGAGGAUACAGAUCAGGGAAGGUGGUUUCUAGGAAAAGGGGGUACCUGAGAUGGGCCUUAGAGGAAGAUGGGUCAGAUGUUUACAGCGAAGGAGGGCAAGGCUGAGGUGCAGCGGAGGAAGAAGGAGAGACUUGGAAAGCCUUGUGCUUUGGGAACAAAAGACCUGUGAGAGUAUGGGUCCAGCUGCUUAGAAGCAAUGGGGCCAUGCCUUGGUGUUCCCACAGGCGAGACAGUAAUGGUGGCAGUGGCCUACAUUGGGCAGGGUUUGCUGGUUCAGUCUACCUACCCCUGACUGUGUCCCUUAAUUUAAGGCCUUCUAUGAAGGGUCUCACGUGGCAGAGCUUUUCGUGGUCCCAGCCCCAGCAGCCUCCCCUGUUGGCCCCAGGGUGCCCCAAUAAUGUCAGCAUUUUGUGUGUGCGCCAUGAUGUGAAUGAAACCGGUUGGAGUCUUCAGAGACUGAGGUAUCCAAAUCUAAUCUCCAAGGCGGCUUCCUUCCAGCUCUUGGUUCCUGUAACUUCCAAACCCUUAGGUGGAGGCGAGAGUAGAGGAGAAAGGAAGUACAAGAAAAGAGGAAACUGGCCUGUUGAAUGUGGAGACUGUGGCUCACAAGCCCCAAACUACCAGGGGUUUAGGACACACCUGUCAACUCAGUUUACAAAACUGGUCCUUUGGCUCCUCAGUGGGUCAAUGUCCACCUCUCCUGAUAGCCUGGCUAGGACUGAGACCCCAGAAUGGGGAUGCCUUCUCAGCCAGCCCAGCUCACACCAGGACUCGUCCUACCUGGGGCUCCCUAAAGAAGGAGCCAUCCUCCUCCUAUUCCAGCUCCACCUGUAAAGUAGAGCAGGAACAGUGAGAAAAGGAGUAAGUGCUACAGGGAGAUGAUGUCUCCUUUGGACCUUAGUUUGCCCAUCUGUGAAAUGGGUGGUUAGAUUAGACAGUCCCUGAGGCCCCUUCUGUGGCUGAUGGCAGCACCCAGAGCAUUAGCCAAUUCACCCAGUCCCCUCCCUAGACUGAUUUUGGUAACUUCUACAUUUGAAACCCUUCAAAUAUGCCCCAUUCCUAGGACAGAAGCACAACCAUUCUAAGUGAUUGGAGGAUGGGCUCAACUCCAGUCUGCCCUUUGGCCCCUUACCUGCCACGGGGCUAAGGCCUCAGCACUAAGCCAUGGCCAACCAGCCCUCCCCAAACCCACACCCCUUUGACAGAGCUCUCUAAGAACAUGACGGGAGAGAAAUUAGCACACACUUCCCCUCUGGGCCUUCAUCUGCAAAAUGUGGGGGAAGUGAGGCUGACCAGGUGAGCUCAAAAGCCCUCUCCUACGGGGGGCCGUCAUUCUGGGACUCACCAAGCUCUUGGGGCCUGGGCCACGGGUAGGCUGCCUGCUGAGGGGUCCCACUGGAGAUUCAGGCUGUCAUGUCAUAUUUGGUGGUGUGUGUUCUUGUGUGUUUGUUGGUUACAUGUGUCUUGAAAUUUAGAAUCAUUUCGCACAGAACUGUCGCUAUUUGUCGGGAAGUAAAACUGGGCUAGGAGAAGCCCAGUCUUAGGUUCUUGCCCUGUUACCAUUUAAAAUUGACAUUUAAUUUUUCAAAUCACUGUUGGUGCCUAAUCACUUAAGUUAUUAAUUUAUUCUGUUUUCUUUUAAAAAAAGAUUUGUAACACAUAUUUAUCCUGUGAGUAGGUCUGGGGUGGGGUGGGAACAUGUUGAAGUGGGUCCUGUUUUUGCUGUGGUGACACAUGGUACAGGCCUGGAGCUUACAGGUCCCUUUUUACUGUGGUGUUGGAGCAGGACAAUAAUAAAGUCCAUUAGAAGAACCAGAGAAGGCUGUUGGAGUCUGCCUUAUCUGAAGAAGCUAGGGGAGGGAAUGUACACGCGUGAAUCCCAGCCUGGGGGCUGUCCAUGUGGAGGCUUAAACACGUUCUCGACGAGAAAAUCCCCUCUCACACGGUCCCAGGCAAGGCUAUGUGCCGGUCUGCUCCACUUCCAUUUUAAUAGGAAAUAACUGGGUACUUUUGGCUGGGAACAAGAGUGAAUUCUCCUUGCCUUGGAAUCUGUAGUCCAGAUGUGUAAAAUGGGCAUUGUAGUAACGUGUCAGCUCAUCUUUCUCAGAUGGUGUACUGGACUGGGACUGUAGAGCGUGACUCAGUCCCCGACAGACUAUCAGCCCACUUUAGCUGGUUCUUACGGUCUGACAUCUCAAGGGUCUGUGACAUAUGGGCCAAAACUCAACUCCUGCACCUUCAGCACAGGCAGACAGCCCCUGGCUUUGCUGCCACCUCCCCACCUCCUUUGUUCUCCCAAAGGGGCCCCUGUGUGCCUAUCCGGCGCCAAGAAUGGGAUGACACCUGAGGCACGCCUCCAGCCUUCUACCUGGUCUGUACCCCCAGGUUCUCAGAAUGUGGUAUCAGCAGUGGCUAAUUCCGGGCAGUCUGGAGUUCCUGGGGUCUGAAAAGCCCCCAGCUACUGGGACUCCAGCCCUACCGGAUUGAUAGGUGAGUCAAGUCCCCCAGCCUAUGUGCCUGCCCCUCCAGAGGCGAAGGACUCCCCUGCUUCUCAGGAUAAUGAACCCCCUCUUCCUUCUCUCUGUUCGUGCCUGCGUCUGGGUAUGUCCCCUCCACCGGUCCCGGCUCUGCCCUCCGGGUCCUCCCAGUCCUCACCUGUAACUCACACAGCACGUCAGUGUGGGGGGCUUUCACCGCCAGUGGUGUGUUGCACAAGUCAAUGGGGCAGGGAGUGUACCCUCCUUCCUGCCCAGACCCAGCAAGAAACCAAGGGUAAAGUGGAUACCACAGCCACUGAGGCAGGAAGAAUGACAUCUUAAAGGCUUCAGAGAACCUAUUUUAUUCCUGUUUUGAGACCCUGUGUCUCUUCUCUCCAUUUAGAAGGGGUACAGCAGUGUCAGGGCACAAUGAGGUCACUAUCUGCUCCUCACCAGACCACCUCCGCCAGCCCCCAGGCUGUGCUAAUGGCCAGCUUUCAGGACGGACAACAGCUUUAGGAGAAACACAAACAUAUUUGCAGUAAAAUAAGGACUAUCUUCACCAGAAAGGGGAUGCAAAUGGUGGCAUCUCAGGCACUGAGGCAGGCGAGGGGAGAGGGGGGUCAGGGGCCUCCCACUGUGAGGGGAGCUGCCCUC